CGCGCGCGGUUCACGCACUUCUUCCACACGAAUCUCUGGGCCGCCGCAUCCCGCCGCCUGCUGCCAUGGAGCAGCCGGCCAGGCCGCUGGGCGCCAGCUGCUGCUCCAACGUCGGCUGGCUGGUCAGGAGCGUUGCCUGGUGCCCCUUUGAGGAGGGCUCGCACCUGCUGGCGGCUGCCGGCGACACGGCCGCGCUCCUCGAGCUGAGGGAUGCAGCUGAUGGGCGCGCCACGCUUGCCCCCGCCGAAGGGAUGGCCAUUCCAAUCGACGGCGACGUGGACGCCAUCGCAUGGGGCCGUGUGCACGGCCAGAUUUGCCUCACGGCCAUCGCGGGCGGGUCUGUGUCGCAGCACCUGUGCGCUGCGCAAGGCCACAGCCUCUCCUCUGGCGUGCUUCAGCUCUCGAGCCCGGUGGUCAACGCGCCUGUGUACAGCGCCUGUCACCUUGCCCGUGAGAUGCUCGCCCUCACCGGCGCCUCACGCCAGUGCAGCCUCCUGGCGCUCGGCGAAGGCGCAGCCAACCUCUCCCGCACCAUAGCCCUGCACUCGGAGGGUGUCGCGGUCCGGGCGCACCACGCGCAGCCGGACCAUCUCAUGGUGGCGGAGGCGUGCGGAGGCGUCCAUUUCCUCGACCUGCGCGAGCCCGAAGGGCCGCACCCCACGCUCUCGCGCACGCUUCCGCCGGCGGCGGCUGCGGCGGGCCUGCGCGACGCCGACUGGUGCCCCGGCGACUCGCACUUGGUCUGCGCUGUGGCGGGCGACGCCUGGUACGGCUGGGACUUGCGCGGCACCGGCCGCGCUGCGACGGCGCACGUUGGGGGUGGAGGCGGCGAGACGCGCGGCGCUCACGCGCUGCGGUGGGCGCCGCACGGCACGUCGUUCGCCGUCGCGGGCCGCUCGUCGGCCGUGUCGGUCCACGAGCUGCGCACGGCCGCCUCGUCGCGAGAGGAGCGAGGCCUCUGGAGCGACUCGUCGACUUUCCUGACGCACGGGCUGCCGACGCGCGUGCCGAGCGUCUCGUGGAAGCAAGGCGCGACCGCCGCCCGAGUGCUCGCCGGCUGCGGCGACACGAAGAUUUGCGUCUGGUCGCUCUAGCCCGGCGGAACACCCGGACACUCCACAAGCAUUGCGACUACACGCGGCCCCAGCGCGCGGCACAACACGUCGCCCAGUGGCCCAGGCGCAGACCGCAGCGCGCGCAGGCUUCUAGUAAGACACUAGAGAAAGAGAUACGUGUAUACGCAUUUACGGGAAUAUGGCGAAAUGCACUUGCAACUUCACUUGC